AUGGAGGGAGUAAUCGCAAUUUACUCGGUCGAUGAUCAAGUAAAGGCUGAAGAUUUCAUCAAGGAGGUUACGUAUACUCUUUACUUUAAUGAGGCUGAGUGUGAGGCGAAGUGUGUUUGUGGGUUGUUUGAGAUGCGAGGGAUAAUAUGUAGACAUAUUCUUGCAAUCUUUUCAGCUAAGAAAGUCCGUGAGUUGCCAGAGAAGUACAUAUUAGACCGGUGGCGGAAAGACAUAAAACGGGCUUAUACUAUUCUUCCGACCAGUUAUGACGCUGUUGAUCAGAGACCUGAAACUGUUAGGUAUAAACGUAUUUUGAGAACUUUCAAUGAGGUAAUAACAAAUGCAGUUUCGUGCGAUGGGCAUACUGAGGAAAUGAUUUCAAACUUGUAUGCGAUGAAUGAGGUUUGGCGCACAUCGAAGCCCUCCAACACGGUAUCCAAUGUUGGAGGAAGUACCGUGAAUGCAUUCACAGAAGGAAGUUCCAAGAAGGUGCUAAGUCCCCAUGUUGUCAGAGGCAAGGGAAGACCCCCGUGUAAGAGGAGGAUGUCCACGAUGGAGGAAAGAGUGAAGAAAAUUAAAACUAAGACUGCAAAUAAGAGAAAAGAUAAAGGAAAAAGUUGCACUGUGAGGCGUAGAUUGGACACCGAACCAUUGGAAAGCACUGAAAACCAACUCGGCCUAUCGGAAAUGAGGAUGCAAGAAAAUGUACAAACUCCCAUAAUAGUCAAUGAAGAAAGUGGACAACAUCCAGUGAUGGGGACACAAGAAAGUAUACAACUAGGAAUGGAUGGAACGCAGCCGGAGACGGAAUUUGGAACGCAACCCAGCAGUUUCUUGUAG